CUCUUCGUUCGCGCCAUUCUUGUCUGUCAGUCUCGCUUUUCUUGCCAAAGGAAAGAGGUCUCUAUCUCGCAGUUGUUACUAGGUCUUUCUUGAUGUGUUUUCCAGUGUGUGAGUGACAAUCGAAGUUGUGAGUCCGGUGAGAAGCACGUGAUUCAGUGAAUUAGCUCGAACACUUGAUCGCCACCAUGAGCAAGAUUUCCUGCCUUGUGCUCAUUUUGGCCACGCUGAGCGCAUUCUUGUUGGCGCCGGGAUUUGGUCAAGAAACGGUUCAAAACAAGGGCGAAGCGGAGAUCCUCGUUUCUAACGGGGUCAAAGUGUGCGUGUAUAAGAACGUACCUUGGAGCAAUUGCGAUCCCCACACGAUGCUUCGCUCAAAAACCAUUCCACUCAAGUCGAUAUUUAUUGCGGGCUGUGCUCCACAAAGAACCCUCACCAAAGACUGCACCAUAGGGGAGAUUCCCAAAGAAUCUCUGGCGCUUGAAAACAUGAGGCUGAAGGUGCAGAUAAAUCAGCUAAAUUAUGAAAACCAACAACUUCGAGAAAUGUUCCGACAACACCCUCGGGCUUCACGACAAUCCGGAACCAGCCUCCGGGUUUUUGAGCGUCCAAUCCAUUCGGAUUUAAGUUGUCAAAGAAAAGCAGCCGAUCUGAUGGGAAUAAUUCAGAGUCUAAAAAGACAUAUCAGAGCCCUGUCUACCGGGUCAAAUCGAGGGGAAAAGAAGGCAUUGAUCUUAACUGGUCAUCUCCGCGGAAUUCGGAGCAAGUUGAAUGGAUACGUCAGACAGAUUAUUCUGCUUGAAAAGCUCCUCCAUGAAAGGCGACCUUUUUUGGCCAUGGCCACGGACAAAUUGAGGCUCUGCAACAGAUCCAACAAGCGACUCAGGUACAGCUUCCUGGCCACAUCUCUUCAUUUAAAGGACCUGUCCAAACAAGCUGGGAUGCUCUCUGGCCUUCAGCACCAAUCAGUCCGACAGACCAAGUUCAACAUGCCGCAGUGGGUUCAGACUAAACAUAAAUAUUCAUCUUUGCUCCAAGAGGUUCUGAGGAGCCGUGAGUCGUUAGAAGUCAUCCAGUCAAAGGCGAUGAGUGUGAUCCACGCCUACCAGGCAUGUCGAGUGCAAAAGGAGGCCUUAGCCCAAGGCUCAUCAUCGAGUUCAGGGUUGGAAAGCUACGAUUACGGACUCAAUCUUGAUGGCCUUCGUGACCCGAGGGCGGCCUUUUCUUGCCCUCGAGAUUGGGAAGAUCAGGUGCAACGCUCGACCCGCCUAGUGGACUACUAUCGCGGUUACAUCCAUCGCAUUAAGCAAUCCCUGGUCAAGUUAAUCUUGAAACAAGCGGCCAAACUCAUCAAGCGUCUUGAGAGCAAAUGUGAGGCAAGCCAACUAGAUUGUGAGCAGAAAGUGGAUCAAUUGGACCAAAGUGAGCGCAUUUGUAGAAGUGAAAGACUCGCUCAAGUGCAGCUGUUUGCCAAAUGGUACCGUGAAGGCACAAUCAGAGCCCAAAGUCUGCUUCUAGGUUCCAAUGGAUUUGGUCAUCAAGCCAUGUUCCUUCAAUGUCGUCGACAAAUGAGUGACAUCUUGAGCACCUUGGCUGGAAACUUGGGAGGAUUGUCCGAAUCACUCUCUUCACGUCAGCCUUUGCCUUGCAUCCCACAAGGCCCUGUGUUAUAUGGAGGGAUAAGUGGAACACUCGACGCCUUGGAACAGAGUCGGAGUAAAUCAUGUGCCAGAAUAAGCAAACGUCUGUCUUCGAACAACAGAGAUUUGUUACAAAAAAUCCAAACGCUGAAGAGUCUCUUGGUACACACAAGAACCUCCACAUAUUCUCAGAGCGGAAAUGUGCCGUCCUCAAGUUGCUCAAAGCAAACGCGUCUGGCCUCCGAAGUGAGAUUGAUGAAGAUUGUGGUGGCCAACAUGGUACUGAGGAAUGCCAAUUUGACCAACGAAGUGCUGGUUCUUCGUCGACUUCUAAGUCACUAUGAACUAGCUACAACCCAAGAUCUGAUGGCACUAAUGAAUUGGUUUGUGUCUCAAUUGAAAGUACCACUAAGACAAAUAACCACCAUGGGCCAAUUGGGAACACUCGAGUCGGAUCUGAACACAAAACACCAAUACCCUCUCAAGAGAAGCGUGCCUUGGAAUGACAUCCAGGGGAACCAUUCUGGCCGAACUGAAGCGUACAACAAAGUCAGGGACACGACGAGGAAUCUAUUCCACGACGAGAUCUAUGGUCCAAUAUCGAGCAUAAUGGCCCAUUUCCAAACUGGAAUUGGGCGAAAUGCAAGCACGCAAUUGUUCCACAUGCUGAAGACCAUCAAAGACCAGGUCCAGGAAUUGAAAGAUUUCUCCGAAAUCUAUCAGUCUCAAGGGCUCGACAAGUUGGAAUCCAGCCGUCAGGAUGUCAAGCGUUACCUGGAAAAAUUGACGGCCAAAGCGCGAAACAUCCGAACUAAAACGGAUGUGGAUUCAAUACAAGGAAGAGUUGGAAUUGGCGAAGUCUCAUACAAUGAAUUUGAGAUCCUGCUCCACGAAAAAGAAGAAUUGGAGAUGCAAAAUAGACGACUGGUGGAACGGAUCUCUAAGCUCAAGUACAUUCUCAAAGAGUGGAACAAGGGGAAGCACAAGAGCCUAGCCUCGGUGUUCCACAUGUUCAACGACCAGAUUUCGGGAUUGGAGAGCAAAGUGAAUCGCAUCAUCCAGUCGUAUUUGUCUUUGAAGCGGAGUCUCGCCAAUAUUCGGGGUUAUGGCGAUAAAAUCACCGACCUCGUAAUACCCAUUCAAAAGGCCAUCAUGGAGACCUCUCAUUCUAUUCAAAGCGAGAGAUUCCAGGCGUCCAGUCCACAGAGCCUUGAGUCAGCUCUUCAAACUCUUGGGUCAUACUCGCAUCAGCUGACCCGUCUGACAGCUGAUCCUAUCGCCCAUUCGUCUUCCUCAUUGCCACCCUCUUUGGAAGAAGACACGUCACCGCCACUGGAAUUUGGGUACAAUGGUGAAGUAGAAGGAGGAGGCGGAGUACGAAAGGACGAGGGCGUCUCAGGGAAUCUAUGGGGGACAGAGGACCAAAACAAAGGAACCAUGAAUAAAUUAGAGCUCUACGACGACGCCUAUGAUCUCUCGACUCAGAGGAAUCAUGAUUGGGAGGAGACCUUUGGAACAGCAAACACUCCAGAUCAGGGUCCUUAUUGGGUGGAUCCUGCGUUUCUGGACGAUUGGACGCAAGAAACUGGAGACGAGAGCUACGCCGAUGCCCCUGAUGAGCCCACGCUUGAGGCUAAUUUCGCCAAUUUGGGCACAAGUUUCAAAAGAACAACUACAUUUGAUGAGAUGUCAGGCAUCAACUUUCGGCCUUUACCCUCACAAGAUGACUUCCCUCUAGAAAAUGACUUGGCCGCAGAUACCCCGGAACUUUUGGAAUCGGAUACACUGGGAUCCGUCAUUUGAUACUCUCGAGACUCCCAGAGCAGCUCAUUCAGGCUCUAGGAUAUUCAUGCGACCAACGAGAAAAGCGGUCCUAUUCAAAACAGAUUCAAAGCCACGUUUAGAGACCAGUUCAAUCACUGUAUUGCGAUGAAAAUAAAUGCUCUUACGCUAUAAGAUGGUUGGUCUCCUUGGAGUCUCAGGAGACCCUUUGGUUCAAAAUCGUUGCUUAGCCAUCAUCUUUCAAACUUAUCUGGAAGCUGUUGGAAACCUAAUAC